AUUUGUUGGGGUGAAUGAGUGGAUCUUCAGACUGACUGGCUUCCUUUGCAGCCUCAUGUCUUCGGCGUUUGGAAUAAUCCUUGCAGGCAGCCGAUACUGGCGCCUCUGGGAAUUCAACAACGAGGUCGUUCAGCUUGUGUACAUUGGACUCUGGGAAGCUUAUUACCAUCAGGAGUUUCAGAUGUCUGGCUCUGUGACCAGGAUUCUGGUUCACAGCCCUGUCAACUCAAGCUGGACCAUUUCACCUGAAUUUCGUUGUGCACAGAACCUGAUCUUAUUGCCGAUGUUUAUAAAGCCUGUGGUCGUGAUUUUUAGCUCAUCGGCCAUUAGGGUUAGCAUUAUCAAAGCCUCAGUCCCUGAGAUUCAGAUGAUCUGCUACAAGUGCUGUGUCUUCAUUCUGUUUAUCAGCAGCCUUUGCACGGUUCUUUCUGUCACCUGGAACCAUGUAGUAGAUCUUUACGGCGAAACCACGCUUGACUUUCCACCCAACUUUCCCGUUAGGAAAGAAGCCCUGAUAAAGAAACACCACACUCAUGUGUUCCCCAUAGGGGUCACGACAACCAUUCUGUCACUCCUUGGUAUGAUCAUGUUCCUAUUUGAAAUCAGGUCAUUGAAAACACAGCAUAAUCUGAAUGUCCAGGAUGCUUCUAAACAGGCUGAUCAAAUGGCCUGA